CCCGAUGCAACGCCAUCUGCAGCGCCGCGCUCUCCGGACGACGACAGGAGACAACGAUGAUGGCUGCCCCACCGCACCUCGACGCCAUCGCGGAGAGCCCGCUCAAAGGCUGCGCGCUCCUGGGCAGCCCCGUGCUUGACGAGUGCGAAGACAACGAGUUCGAGCUGUUUAAGGCCCGCAUAGACGCGGCGGACACGGCCUAUGAGCUCGCGCUAGAACAGAGCCGCUUCGAGAGCCGCGUGGAGGCGCGGCGACGAGCGUCCGCGAGCGCACGCGCGAGCGCGGAAGCCCGCAGCGAGGCGCGUGCCCAACACGACGAUUACUUCGCGCGCCAGCGCCUCGAGGACGCCAUCGCGGGCGUCAAGGACCUCGUUGGCGAAGUCCCCGACGCCGUCGACGACGGCCUGACGCCGCGGUCGUCGCUGCGGCGCGCCUGCGACGACGCGGCGGCGUUCCUGGCCGAGGAGGCGGCGGAGCCCGCGCUGCCGUCGCCGGGGCCGCGGGAAACGGACCACUCCCCGCCGCGGACGCGAACGCCGGUGCGGACCGAGGAGGCAGCCGGCGACGAGUCCGAUGGCUCCGAGGAUUCCGGCGACGGAAUCCUCGCCGCUGAUUAUGAGGGGCCUGGUGCAAACCGGCGGGGCGACGUCGGCGCCGCCCCGGCGCCGGCGGCCGACGAAGACGACGACUCCUCCGACUGGUCGUCUUCCGCCGAGGCGCCGGCGCCGGCGCCGCUGGACGACGACGACGACAUCUCCAUCGUCUCGGUGUCGUCGGCGACGGCCGAGGACGCGUCGGAGCGCCUGGAGCGGGCGGAGGGCUACUGUGAACGCUACCCAGCGAAGGCUGCCAAAGUAUUGCGGCCGUGCAUUACCGCGUGGCGCGGAGGCGCGCCGAUAGACUACGCGUCGAAUCCGGACGUGGGACCCGUGCUUGCGGUGUCGUGUUGCUACGCCUACGCGCGGGCGACCGCGAACGUCGCGGUGCAGGAUGGCAACUGCGGGGAGAAUUCGCCGGCCCUCGUGGCCGACGCGCUGGAAGCGCUCGACCAGGCGCUCGAACUGGACCCGUCCCACGCGCCGUCGACGCGGCUCCGCGGACGACUGCUGCCCCUGCUCGGCGAGGCGCUCUGCCCGCGGAGGAUUCGCGCGAGCUUCCGGCCUGAGUAACACAGUGAC